AUGUCUAUUAAUUACGUCAAGGGGAAUUUAUUCAGGCUCGCAGCGAAACCGGCCACCGAGCCCGUCUAUCUCGCACAUGCAUGCAAUUGCCUUGGUGUGUGGGGCGGCGGCAUAGCAGCCGAGUUUAGACGCCAGUUUCAGUCUACCUACAAGGUUUACCACGAGCACUGUCUGAAAUACAAGUCUGAUCCAAGCGAGCUGUUGGGCACAGCCCUUAUUAUUCCAGCCGACAGGAAGGACUCCGGAUACGUUUCUGGCACAGGAGAUAAACUGUCGGUCGUAUGUUUGUUCACAAGCGUGAUGGGCGGCGAGUCGCCUGAGGAGAUUGCAAAGUACACCGAGCUGGCAAUGCAGGACCUUAAAACCCAGUUGUCCCAGACCACCACCCAGUACGUGCUGGCCAUGCCGAAAAUCAACGCGGGGAUCUUCGGGGUCCCCUGGUCGCUGACCGAGCGCGCGCUCACAGCCGUCGGGGUACCGUGCACGGUCUAUGAAUUAUAG